GAGAGCAGGCUAGAGACAGACAGAGAGGGGCACAGGAGACAGGAGAAAGAGAGGACAGUAAAAGAUCAUAAGGUGCAGCAGAAAUGCAGAGAUGUGGUAAAUAGUGAGCACUUUGAGUGUGCUUCAGAGAGGAAGCAGGAGAAAGAAAAAGGGGGAGUUAGAAAGAGGUAGAAAAAAGUAAAGAGAAGAAAGAAAGGGAGUAUAGCCAGCUGGCAUAGUUUGAGUUUUUCGGCUCGGCUCUAAAAGUCUCAGGCUGCCCAGACUCCAAACCACAUGGACUAAGGUCCUCUCUGCUCUCUCUACAAUUACAAUAUGGAGGGUCUGUAAAAGGAGGAGAGUUGGAUUCAGGGAGCUCAAGAGUGCAGAACAGCUAGAGCCCUGCUUUGUCUUGCUGUGGAUUUUGUUAUCCGUUCAUUCCUCUUGAUGCUUUAUAGCACUGGCUAAAUUCUGUUAGUAUCUAACAUUAAGAGCCAGGACCUGCUGUACUGUACAAUGGGCCUGCAGAAUGGAGUAUGAUAUUGAUUUCUACAAACAUUUUGCCUGGCUUAGGAAGGUAAACCUCCAUUCAUCCGGCAACAGUGAGUCCUACCAGGAGCGGUUAUCCCGUCUGGAGGGAGACAAAGAGUCACUAAUUCUACAGGUGAGUGUGCUGACAGACCAGGUGGAGGCUCAGGGGGCCAAGAUCAGCGAUCUACAGAGUUCUCUGGUGGAGCAUCAGCACAAACUCGACUCCACAGAGGAGAUGCUCCAGCAGGAGCUCCUGCAUAGGACGUCACUGGAGAACCAGAAGCUGAGUCUUAUGGGGGAGGUGUCCUACCUGAAAAUAAAGCUUGCAGACAUGGAGGGAAAACAGGGCCAAGGGGCUGAAAGGCAGCACAAAGCAGAGACUGUAGUGAAUUUCAUUAGUGAGCUGCAGGAGCAGAUGUGUAGGUUUCAGAAGGAGAUCAAUAGCAAGAUCCAGGAGAAAAAGGCCUUGGAGAUCCCGGCUGACAGCAGCUCUCCAGUGGCGUGCCCUACUGAGUCCACUGAGGGCCCGGGCUCAAAACCUGGGCCAUCCUCUGACAGAACCUCAAGGGUGACGCACAAACUAGAAGAGGCUCCAGAUGGGCCUGAUGGGAACACACACAGCCUGGAAGAGGGUAGCUCAGAUGCAGAACGGCAAUACCAUUGUGGAGGAGAAAGUGGAUUAAUUAAGGAGCUCAGGAUUCUUAAGGACAAAGUGGAGCACCUGGAGGAUCAGAAGUUACAGUACGAGAAGAAACUCAAAGCAACAAAGGCAGAGAUCAGCAGUCUACAGCAGCUUCUGCUCAGUAAGAAUGCUGAGAUCGAGAGCUUGCACACUCAGCUGCUGGCCAGACCCUCUCUAUCCCCUGAGAGCUCAGAGAGAGAUCAGGAACUGCAGAAGCUUAGGAGUGGUAUGAAAUCACUGGUAGCUGCCAAUGAUGAAAAGGACCGACGUAUUGAAGAGCUCACUCUGCUCCUGAAUCAGUGCAGGCAAUUCAGAGAGGUCAGUCACAGCGCAAGACAAGCUCCACCUGCUGUUCGUUCAUUGUCAAAUGGCAGGACUCAGUCAAGUAGCAGCGAGGAAGAAGAGCACGGACUGAUGAAGAACACUGACUCUGCCAGUGCAAAAUCAGAGGAUGUCAAGUCUGAAGUAUCACAUGUUUCCACAAACAGUUCUUCCUCCCAGCAAACAUCUCUUUCGUCAGUCCAGAAAGACAGCGAUUCCAGAACAGAACCACAGACUUUAUCAAGUAGCAUGAAUGACCUAACAAAUGGACCUUUACAAAAGAGUGGUCUGGGUGACACCAGAAGUCAGACACUGCCUGUGAAUUCCUCUCUGUCAGAGCAGAAUGGGAUCGGAGACAGCAGCAGUGAAAUCCAGAGUGAAAGGUCUCCACAUGGGAGCGAAGAUGGAGACUCCAGCCAAAAAAAGUUGGAGAAAGUUGAUGACAGCACUUCGAGCGAUAAUUCCCCGCUUUAUUCUGAAGUAAAUACACAGCCUGGCCAGCGAGCUGUGGGCUCACCAGAGUACAUGAAGAAUAACAGGAGCUUCAAGAGACUCUGGGGAAAACUUCGAAGAACCCAGUCUGGAGGGCUCCAGGCAGCAGAUCCAGAUGCCGGUCAGUUUAGAAGAGGGGGACUGCGUGCGACAGCAGGACCCAGACUGACCCGGACUCCUGAAUCUUAUGACUCUGCACGUGAUUUGAAUAUUCCAUUCAGCCAGUGGACCAAGGGGCAGGUGUGUGGCUGGCUAGAGGACUAUGGACUGGGCCAGUAUGUCAAUCUCACCAGACAGUGGGUCGAAAAUGGACAGACACUGCUGUCUGCCACACCUCAGGAUUUUGAGAAGGAGAUGGGUAUGAAGAAUCCACUGCACAGGAAGAAGCUGCAGCUCGCUCUGAAUGCAUUCACCACUAAAGUUAUAGAGAAAUCAUCAGAGCUGGACUACAUCUGGGUCACCCGCUGGUUGGAUGAUAUUGGUUUGCCUCAAUAUAAAGACCAGUUCCAUGAAGCACGAGUAGAUGGUCGAAUGAUACAAUACCUCACAGUGAAUGACCUCUUGACUCUAAAGGUCACCAGCCAGCUUCACCAUCUCAGUAUUAAAUGUGCCAUCCAUGUCCUUCAUGCCAAUAAGUUCAACCCCAACUGUCUUCGGCGUAGGCCAGGAGAAGAGAGACAACCCUCUCCCUCAGAGGUGGUUCAGUGGUCUAACCAUCGCGUGAUGGAGUGGCUAAGAGCAGUGGAUCUAGCUGAGUAUGCUCCUAAUCUACGGGGCAGUGGUGUUCACGGUGGGCUGAUUAUCCUGGAGCCUCGCUUCAGCUCAGAGACUUUGGCCCUGCUGUUAAAUAUUCCUCCACAGAAGACUUUGCUCCGCCGCCACCUCGCCACCGCCUUCUCUGCCCUGGUGGGGACUCAGGCCACACAGGAGAAGCGAGAGUAUGGCAAUGCCACAGGCCAUGUGCCACUCACUACCACAGCUAAAGUAAAGCCAAAGAAGCUGGGAUUCACCCAAUUCAGUCACCUCAGAAAGAGGAAACCAGAUGAAUCUGCAGACUAUAUCUGCCCAAUAGACAGUGGAACACUGACGGUGAAUGGGGUUUCUCGCUUGCCCUCUGCAGCACUCAGGGGCCUCAGCCCCAACUUGGACAGACAACCUGAGAGGCGGGAGCCGAUGGGGAUAAAAGCUCAGGCUAAUGGCCCAAAACCUUAAUUAAAAAAAAAACAGUAGGAAAUUCCACCCUAUCCACUACACUCCCGUCUCACUCACUGACUUUGUGAAUCAGUGGAAAUCCUAAUGCAGAAAUAUACCUAAGAUGAAUCCAUGUGAUGAUUUGCUGGAUGGGCUGCAAAGAUGCUGUGUUUAGCAGGUGAUGUUAAUUGUUGUUAAUGUAUUUUUAUUCAAUGUUGCUUCAACAAAGUUCAUCUAAAAUUCUGAUGAAUGGUGACAUUGUGUGAAUUGUUUUAUGAAAGCUGCUCUCUGCAUUCCUUAUACAGUUGGUUUCCAAAGCUUACACUCUUGCUUUACAACAAUGCAUUUUACCGACCAUUUUGUAUCUCAACUUUAGUUAGAAUAUUAAUUACCUUUACCUUUAUAUAUCUGGAUUGACUGUACAGAAUAAUAAUUCACACGAGUUACUUUAAGAAUGUUUCUCAUUCAUGUCCUGUAUGACUGACAAAAUCUAAAAAUAAAUAAUUUUGAUUCCUAA